AUGUUUUUGAAGAAACUGCUGCGUCAAAAUCAAGUGAAUUCGUUACUUUUAACGUUGCAAACUCUCAAUGAACAUUUUGCGAAUCAUGAGCUUUGUGAUGAUAUUAAACUAAUUGUACGGAACAUAAUCGAAGAGGAACGCUUCCACUCAUGGGACUUAAGUGAAUAUUUAGCGAGGUUAUUGGCAAUGAAAGUGAAGCUAUCGGAUUCGACGGAUUUGAGAUGGAUUCUGCAGUGUGCUCGACGAGAAUCACUCGAAUUGAAACGUAUCGCUCUACAGGGAUUUCGAAUCGCUUGUGAUAGAGCAGAAGUGUUAAGCUCCAGGGAAGUGCUAAAAAUUGGAGCGAUGCUAUUGCAAGAUGAAGAAACUGCUGUCAGGGAAGAGAGUGCAUCGAUAUUGUGCGAGUUUAUCACAGAAAAUGUGCGGCGCCAUCAAAACGAUACGAAUGAUGAAACGACAGGUGCACCAAAAACGCCAUCACCAAUCGUUCACCUGAAUGCUCAAAUAGUAUCGUGGAUGCUUCACGAUAAAAUUCCAAAUCUUCACGAUGCUAUAUGCGAACAUUUU